AUGAAUGCAAAUCCUUUUGAUCCCUGGUAUGAAAGCCGGCUGGAGACCAAAGAAAUCAAAAGUUUUAUGCCAGACAAAUGGACCUAUUACACAAUCGAAUCCGACGCAGGCCAGCAAGAAGAAGUCAAGGCGGACCAGCUGAAGCCAGCCGAGAUUGAUGACUGGGUACUUCGAAGGUCGCUCUCCAAAUCUUCUGGGGUCGAUAUCCUUUUGGCACGACACACAAUCGAUGGUGUUCGUCACAGACCACACGAAUGUAUACCAUUUGAGGUCGAUCACCUAAAGUCUAUUUUUAAACAAUUAUCCUUGCCUGCACAGUACUUCCACAUUCGUACCACUUCCGGCAUUCAUUGCAAUGGCAGCAUGUGCAGAACGCACAAAGAUGAAGCUGGAAACAUCUCACAGACUACUAGUGUGUUUCGCAGUGGUCACGGGUCAAUCACGACAGCUAGUUCAGUAUGGUCGGCGGCUAUGAGGUGGGACGCAUCCACCGGCCGUACGAUUGCAUUCAUUGAAGGAUUGUUCGAUGAGGAUCGGAACGAUCUAGAACUUUACAUUAAUACGUGUUCGAAGUUUCUUGGACAUCCUUUGAUGUUGCCUGAGAUUCUGUUGCACAUGGUAACCUUUCGGCUGAACGAGCUUCUGCGCAUUCCUUGCGAAGAAGAGUUCUAUCGGUAUGAACAACAGACGGGCCUGUCAAAUCUUCCGUACUUUUCCAAGAUCAGCCACGCUGCAGUGUAUGAAUGGACUCUACAAGAUUUUCAGCGCGCGACCACAGUCGCCAACAGAUCACUUACAAACAUGGUUUUUCUUCGACGUCGCUUUCAAUUCACUACGCAAUAUGCGGAGAAGCUCUUUUCCAUGUUAACCGAGAUCAAGAAAUCGGAAUUCAUGAACAAUGAAAUCGCAAUACUCAUCAAGAAGGAAGAUGACUGCAGACAGAGGCUGUCGGACCGAAUUCUGCAAUCAAAAAUAUAUGAGCAUCAGACCGAGUGCGUGCAGAAGCGAAUCGAGAAUCUCAACACAGUCUUGUACACGGUUUUGUCCCAAAUCAACAGUAAAAACCAAGGAGAAUUGGCGAAGAUCAACCUGCAGAUUGCGCAAGCAGUGCGCAGUGAUAGUAUUCCUAUGCGUACCAUUGCCUACGUCACUUUGGUAUUCCUUCCAGGAGCACUCAUUGCUUCCAUCUUCGGCAUGAAUUUCUUCGAGUUCGAUUCUGCCUCAAACACGGUGGUAGUUGCGAGCUCAUUCUGGAAGUACUGGGCAAUCACUAUACCCUUCACACUGCUAGUUGUUGCUGUUUGGAAUGUUUGGAACUGGUUCGAAAAGAGAAAAGAAUUCGCAGGACUCAGGGAUGUUAUCUUACUACGUCAAGAAUGAUGAUCUGGGGUACGCAAAUAUAUCAAUGUUGGCUGAAGAGCUAUAUCGAAGAUCAGUACUCCGUCAUGUCUCUCUUACCUUCGAAACACGGUCAGCUUCCU